GUGGGUCGGCCCAGAGUCGAUAAGGUUGGAAAUACCUCCCAUUGUUGCAGAGGAUAACAUACAGGGGAGGUAGAGAGAGAACAAUGGCUUGUGUAACGAUGGCAACGUGGGUAUGUUCAAGUGGUGGCGUACCAACUCGCACCCCAUCGGCUUCUCUUACAUUCCUCACUGGUUCGAGAACAAGAAGCACUGUGUCUCUAAAUAGGGCCACUAAAAGCCCAGCUCCUUCUGGGUUGCUUUACUGUUCCUUCGUCCCUUCGUCUUCACUUUCUCUCUCUUCGCCUUCUUCCUUCUCAGGUUUAUCAUUGGGGUGGAACCUGAAUUCUGACAAUGGGGUAAGAAGGGAGAAAGGCCGUAGUUUAGUAGUGAGGGCUGGCAAGGCAGCUCUUUGUCUAACGAAGAGGAAUAGGUCUCGCAAGUCUCUGGCACGGACUCAUGGCUUCCGCAGGCGAAUGAGUACUACCAGUGGAAGAGCGGUGUUGAAGCGCCGACGUGCCAAGGGACGAAGGAUUCUUUGCACAAAGUCCAACCCCAACAGUGGGAAAUGAUCUUGACCUCUCAUUUCAUGAUUCGUCUUUGUAGGUAAAUUCAGAGAUGCUUACUGGUUGAUUCAUGUAAACUUGGUUGAUUUCAAGCUCAUGCCAACAAUGCCUUUUUAUAUUGCUUCAUUUGGGAUUUCCUAUCCAAACCAAGUGGCUAAAGUACCUGUGUUUUUUUUUUUUGUCAAAAAUCUAAAUCAGGUUACAUCUUGUUUAUUUUGAUGUCUCGAAUGCUACCAGUUGUAAUUGUUUGAUGCAAUGAUAAAAGAUUGGACUCACCAAGCGUGACGACUCCAGUUUUUAA